AAAAAAUAAAUACGAAGACAAAUUAACCCUUUUGCCACGUUAUUUAUUAAACUUAAUUAAUAAAACUCCUAGUUUUAGUCGAAAAACAACAGAAAGCUAAAAUGAAAAUCUAUACAAAUGAGGGCAAUCCACUUGGCCUGAAAUUACAAAUAUUGGCCAAAUUUGCAAAACGUGAGGUGUCGGUGGAAAAAGUUAACCUAAAUGAUAUUAAAUCUAAAGACUUAUUGGUUUUACCAACUUUACAAUUGGAGAAUGGUGUAAAAUUGUUCUCGACAGAUGCAGUGGCUAAAUAUUUCUUCCCUGAUGAAGGCCAAUUAAGGGAUGAGUGGCUUGAAUGGUCUUCAACAUUAUUGGCACCUGCUUUGGUACAUCACAUGGGUCAUGGCCAUCGUGCUAAUCCUAACGCUAUGCCCGUACUUAAUGCUUUGGUUAAGAAGCUAGAAGAGCAUUUAUCCAAAACGCCCUUUCUGGCUGGUGAUAAACUCACUGCAGCUGAUCUCUCAGUAUGGUCCCUUCUUGCACCGGAUGGAACAUUAAAGGGAGCCCAAAAAAUUGAAAAUCUUCUCGUGUGGUAUCGUAAGAUCAGUGCCAUGCCAGAAAUUAAAUCACUGUUAGCAACACAACCUUUAAAAGAUUUAUCUUUUAAUGCUUUACAAAAUUCAAAUCUAUACGGAGGUCUCUACCAUGUUUCUCUUAAAUUGCCUGUAUCUUUGGCCGAAGCUGGCAAUCUUUUGGCUGACACUGGUUCUACUUUGGCCGAUACAAUUACUGACGAAGAACUUAAUUUGGCCAGCAGUAACUUUGUAUUUGCACCUGUUCCAGAACGUAAGGAUCCACGUACAGUUCUUCCUAAAGCUGGUGAGCGCAAUGUGCUGGUCACAUCUGCUCUCCCAUAUGUAAAUAAUGUGCCACAUUUAGGCAACAUUAUUGGUUGUGUAUUAUCCGCUGAUAUUUUUGCAAGAUACUCACGUGCAGCUGGCUACAAUACACUCUACAUAUCCGGUACUGAUGAGUACGGCACAGCUACCGAAAAUAAAGCACUUGCUGAAAAUCUAACACCCCGUGAAAUUUGUGACAAAUACUUUGAACUUCACAAUGGCAUCUAUCGUUGGUUUGGCAUUGGUUUCGAUUACUUUGGUCGUACUACAACCCAAGAACAAACAGAAAUUGUACAAGAAGCCUUUAAAGAUGUCUACGAUAAUGGGUACAUUUUAACAGAAAGUGUUGAGCAGUUAUUGUGUCAAAAAUGUGAUCGUUUCUUGGCCGAUCGUUUUGUUGAGGGAACAUGUCCUCAUGUCGGCUGCGGCUAUGAAGACGCUCGUGGUGACCAAUGUGACAAGUGUGGUAAACUAGUGAAUGCAACCGAACUUAUACGUCCCCGCUGUAAAGUGUGCAACACUGCUCCAGUUGUAAGAUCCUCCGACCAAUUGUUCCUUGACUUACCCAAAAUAGAAAACACACUACGUGAAUGGGUUGAUCAUUCCGAAAACGGUUGGACGAAUAAUGCUCGUGUUAUUACACGUGCUUGGUUACGUGAGGGCUUGAAGCCACGUUGUAUUACUCGUGAUUUGAAAUGGGGCAUUCCUGUGCCACACAAGGGCUUUGAAAACAAAGUAUUCUACGUAUGGUUUGAUGCACCAUUCGGUUAUGUGUCAAUGACCAAACGUUACUCCAAGGAAUUUAAAAAGUGGUGGCAACCCGAAAAGGGUGUGGAAGUUGAGCUCUUCCAGUUUAUGGCUAAAGACAAUGUACCCUUCCAUUCGGUGGUGUGGCCCAGUGCCUUGUUGGCCAUUAACAAGGGCAACACUUUGGUGUCCCACAUAAUGGCAACGGAAUAUUUGAAUUAUGAAGAUGGCAAAUUUAGUAAAAGUCGUGGUAUUGGUGUCUUUGGCAAUGAUGCCCAGGAUACUGGUAUUCCCGCCGAUGUAUGGCGUUUCUAUUUGGCUUCAGCCCGUCCAGAAGGUCAGGAUUCUAGCUUUAGCUGGAACGAUUUGGCGGCCCGUAACAAUUCUGAGCUCCUCAACAAUUUGGGUAACUUUGUUAAUCGUGGUUUAGUUUUCUGCGAAAAGAACUUUGAUAGUGUUGUGCCUCCCAUGAAUCUCACCAAUGACGACCAUAUACUGCUGGCUCUUAUCAACCGUGAGUUGCGCGGUUAUGUCAACUCCUUGGAGAAGGCUCGUUUACGUGAUGGCAUCAGACACAUGCUUUCUAUAUCACGUCAUGGCAAUGUUUACCUACAGUCCCAACAGCCUUGGGUGCUGCUUAAGGGCAACGAUGCACAAAAGUCUAGAGCUGCCACAAUUAUUGGUUUAUGUUGUAACAUUGCUUGUCUCCUGGCCAAUCUUAUAUUCCCAUAUAUGCCAUCAACGGCUAGAACUAUGUUUGAACAAUUGAAUGCCAAGCAAACACAAUUGAAUGCCGAAAAACCAUUUAUCUCCAUUUUGUUACCAUCCGGGCACAAGAUCGGCAAACCAGCACCAUUGUUCGCUAAAUUGGAGCAAAGUUUCAUUGACGAAAUGAAAAAUAAAUACGCUGGACCUCAGGUUCUAAGUUCCGCUGAUUCGGAGGUCAGCUCUUCAACGGUUGCUGAUUUGGAAAAGGCUAUUCAAGAACAAGGCGAUAAAGUAAGACUAAUCAAAGCCUCUACAAAAGACAAAGCUGUAUGGCAACCGGAAGUAACCAAACUUUUAGAUUUGAAGAAACAACUAACGGAAGCGCAAUCUAAGCAGGCAGCAGCAAAAACCGAAACAAAACAAAAUGGUGCUGCACCAAAAAGCGUAAAAGAUCUUGAAGCAGCCAUACAGGCACAAGGCGAUAAAGUGCGUCAACUAAAGGCAUCCACAAAAGACAAAGCCGUUUGGCAACCGGAAGUCAAUAAACUUUUAGACUUGAAAAAACAAUUAACAGAAGCUCAAGCCUCUGCCGCCACUGCUACCACCACCACUGCUUCCCCAGCCUCAGUCGAUUCCAACAAGGUAAAGGCAGUAGAGGAUAAAAUUGCCAAACAAGCGGAAAAAGUGCGCACUUUGAAAGCUUCUGGUGAUGCUUCCGUUUGGAAGCCAGAGGUAGAAGUUCUUUUGGCUCUUAAAAAGGAAUUGAACACUUUAACAGGUGCUCCCGAACCCAAUGCUCAGGGUAAAAAUAAAAAGAAAAAGUAAUUUCAUACGUCUUUUUAAAGUUUAGUCACACUUUUUUGUAUUUGCCACCAUUUAUUUAACUAUAUUUACUUUUCUCCUCGUGUUUGUGUUUUUUAUUCUUAAAUAAUUUUGGAUUCUCAAUUUCAAGUAAUUAAAUAAAGUUUUAUUUUAUUGUUUCUUUGAUUGCAUUUGAUCAUGAUUUUGUAUUCGACCAUACAAAAAAACUUAAUUUAUUUAUUAAUGUUUCGCUAUCAUAUGAAAUAUAUUUAUUAUAAAAUUCAUUUGUUUUUUUUUUUAAUUUUGCAAAAAACUUAAACAUAACUGCUCAAUAAAUUAUUUUGAAAUAAAUGUAUUGAAAUUA